AUGAUGAAUGCUCUUAUAUGGAAUAUUAGGUCUGUUAAUACCAUGGAAGCUUUUACAAGGUUGAUAAAACUGAAUCAAAAAUACCAUUUUGGUUUUAUAGGAUUAAUGGAACCUUUUCAAGAUUCAGGCAAGAUAGAGGAAUAUAGAAGGAGACUUGGAAUGGAGCUUGCAUUAGUUAAUAUAUCUGGUAAAAUUUGGGAUUUUGUGGAAGAUAUUUUUGACUAUUACAUAAUGGUGGAUCAUCAGCAGCAUUUAACCAUUAAAUUAAGGGUUAGAGGAAGUCAGGAGGAUAUGCUAGUGUCAUUAGUGUAUGCAAAAAGUACUAAAACUGAAAGAUUGGAGUUGUGGGACUCUUUGGAGGAUUUAUUUACCUCAGUUGAUAUUCCUUGGAUGAUUGGGGGUGAUUUUAAUUCAAUAACCUCAGAAGAUGAGAAAUUUUGUGGUCUUCCAGUAACCAUCAAUGAAAUUCAAGAUUUCAGAGGUUGUAUUCAUAAUUGUGGAAUAUCAGAUUUGGGAUUUAGUGGCAGUAAAUUUACUUGGUGGAAUGGCCAAAGUGGGGAUGAUUGUAUUUUUAAGAGAUUGGAUAGAUGCUUGGGUAAUCUGCUCCUACAAGCAAAGUAUUCUAGUGUAGGUAUCAAACAUUUGAUUAGGAGUGGGUCAGAUCAUGCUCCUAUGUUAAUUUCCUACACAGGAGACAAUAGAAGCAUCAAAAAACCUUUUAAGUUUUUGAAUUUUUGGGUGAAGCAGGAAGGUUUUAUAGAGUUGAUUAAACAAAACUGGACAGCUGACUUUCUGGCAAAUCCUUUCAUACUUUUUCAUCAUAAAUUGAAGAAGGUGAAAACAGCAUUGGCACAAUGGAGUAAAGCAACUUUUGGGAAUAUAUUUCAAGAAAUUGAAGCUCUUGAAGAGAUCAUUAAGGUGAAGGAAACUCAAUUUCAGAAUUUUCCAACUCCUAAUAACAGACAGGAAUUGCAUAAAGUACAGGCAGAAUUACACAGAUAUUUACAUCUAGAGGAAGAAUUUUGGAAACAGAAAGUUGGGAUGCAGUGGUUUCAGGAUGGGGAUAGAAAUACAAAAAAAUUUCAUGCCUAUGUUCAGGGGAGAAGGAAACAGAUGCAAAUUAGAAGAAUCCAAGGAGAUGAUGGGAGCUGGAUAGAAGAAGAAGGGGGAAUAAUUGCUGAAGCCAUCAGAUUCUACACUGCUCAAUUUACAAAGGAAGAAGAUCCUAAAGAUUUUGAUAUUUUAAAUCAUUUUCCCAGGAUGAUUUUUGAAGAAGAAAACUUAUGA